GAUAACUUUAGAAGAAGGUGGGAAGAUGGAGCCGCACGGGAGUAGGCAAGUGCCUGACAGCACUAGCAAUGAUGUCGACAUUGCGUCAGUCAUGGGCUUCUCUGGUUUCGGGAAAAAGGCUCGCAGCUUUGAUGUGGAAGCCAUGUUUGAGCAGACCCGCAGAACAGCCAUCGAAAGGAGCAAGAGAGUAUUGGAGGAGAGGCACCUGGAAGACGUCCAGCGGGAGGUAGCUGGAAGCUCCCCGAUGAGCACAGACAGACCUUCAGCUGUAUCGACAGGCAGCGACAGACCUUCCAGCACCACUUCAAAGCAGAAGGAGAGUGACAGCAGCGACGACAGUGGCGGUUCGGACUCCGAUUCAGACUCCAGCUCUGAGCCCAUCGGCCCCCCUCCCCCAUCUCAGCUCACCGCUGGUGGGACCACAGGUCAGGAGGGAGCGGACGAGGAGGACUUUGUGGGACCCCCACUCCCCCCGGGGUACAGAGCCGGCGCGGCGGAUUAUGAUGAUGAUGAUGACGAAGAAGACAUGAAGGAUGAGGAGGAUGAUAAUCCAGUGAAAAAAAUUCCAGACACUCACGAGAUUGUUCUGCAGCAUGGCUCAAAGACGGUGUCUGCUCUUGCCCUGGACCCCUCGGGCGCUCGCCUGGUUACCGGAGGAUACGACUACGAUGUUAAAUUCUGGGACUUUGCUGGGAUGGAUGCAUCCCUGCAGGCCUUUCGAUCACUCCAGCCCUGCGAGUGUCACCAGAUCAAGGCCCUGCAGUAUAGUGUCACAGGUGACGUCAUCCUCGUGGUGGCAGGAAACGCUCAGGCCAAGGUGCUGGACCGGGACGGCUUCCAGGUGCUGGAGUGUGUGAAAGGGGAUCAGUAUAUUGUGGACAUGGCCAAUACCAAGGGUCACACAGCUAUGCUGAACGAUGGCUGUUGGCACCCAAAGAUUAAGGAAGAGUUCCUGACCUGCUCAAAUGAUGGCACGGUGCGCACAUGGGACCUGAAUUCGGAGAAGAAGCAUAAGGCUGUGUUCAAACCCCGAUCUCAGCAGGGCAAACGAGUCACCCCCACCUGCUGCACCUACAGCCGCGACGGCAAGCUGAUCGCAGCCGGCUGUCAGGAUGGCACAAUCCAGAUCUGGGACAGGAACCUGACUGUGCACCCCAGGUUUCACUGUCGCCAGGCGCACACCCCAGGCUCUGACACCUCCUGUCUCACUUUCUCCUAUGAUGGGACGGCACUGGCCUCUCGAGGAGGAGAUGACACUCUGAAGAUCUGGGACAUUAGGAGCUUCCGUAAGCCUCUUCAGCAAGCCUCGGGUUUGACUACCUUCUUCCCUAUGACGGACUGCUGUUUCAGCCCUGAUGACAAGCUCCUGGUGACAGGGGUGUCUGUGAAGAAGGGCGAGGGAAGCAGCAAGCUGCUCUUCUUUGACAGAGCAACCUUCCAGAAGGUGUACGAGAUUGAAGUGGGUAACACGAGUGUGGUCCGUUGUCUCUGGCACCCCAAACUGAACCAGAUUAUGGUCGGAACUGGGAAUGGCUUGGCCAAGGUCUACUAUGACCCUGUCAAGAGUCAGAGAGGAGCAAAACUGUGUGUGGUGAAGACCAAGAGGAAGGAGAAGCAAGCGGAGACACUGACUCAGGACUACAUCAUCACACCCCAUGCGCUGCCCAUGUUCCGAGAGGCCCGACAGCGCAGCACCAGGAAGCAGCUAGAGAAGGAUCGGCUGGAUCCACUCAAAUCACAUAAACCAGAGCCCCCAGUGUCCGGACCAGGCCGAGGGGGUCGAGUGGCGACACACGGAGGCACGCUGUCCUCCUUCAUCGUGAAGAACAUCGCUCUGGACAAGACAGACGACAGCAACCCGCGGGAGGCCAUCCUGCGUCACGCCAAAGAGGCUUCUGAAAACCCCUUCUGGGUUGCCCCUGCCUACACUAAGACACAGCCAGAGCCCGUGUUUGCCGAGGUGGAGUCUGAGGAUGAAGAGGCUGACAAAGAGCCAGAGUGGAAGAAGCGCAAGAUCUGAGCGCGGCCUCCCCUGCUUCUUUCCCUGUUUUGUGCUUUGGACUUACUUGGGCUUCCUUGAACAUUUGGGAGAUCUGGCUUGUUCUGUUGAAACGUCAUGCUGUCCAGACUCCUGUCAGUAACCAUUGCUUGGUCUGGAUUUGUGAUGAUGGGGCAUUUGUUAUCUUGUUUUAAUCCCUUCAUCCUGUUUUCAUGUAAAUAUAGAACAUUUGUUCAAUAUUUGUAUCAUUUACUUUUACCAGCUUGAAAGACCCCCAGAAUAAUGUGACUGAGAUUUUUAAAGGGGACUUGUAUACGAUGUCAAGAUGUGCAGAUGUUAAGAUGUUUGUGGGUGGGUCUGUUUUAAGAUGUUGCAGUACAUUAAAGUCAUCUUUUUCCCUAAUUCCUUAUCAGUACUAAAUCCAUUAAAGCACUGCAGGUCGUCAAGCUUAUAUAAGGCUACAAAUUGUGUAGCUUUUCGGUGUUACCUGGAUGUGUAAAAUUAUACUGAGAUGGCAUUUUUCAAAUUAGCAG